CAUGUCCAUGUCCACCAGGAUGAGGACGAGGGCAGGUGCAGUUCAGGCAGGUGCAGUUUUGGCAGGGGUGGUUCAGGCAGGUGCUGCUUUGGCAGGUGGACUUGGGCGGGUGCAGUUCAGGCAGGUGGACUUGGGCAGGUGCGGUUUUGGCAGGUGGACUUGGGCAGGUGCAGUUUUGGCAGGUGGACUUGGGCAGGUGCAGUUUUGGCAGGUGGACUUGGCAGGUGCAGUUUUGGCAGGUGGACUUGGGCAGGUGCAGUUUUGGCAGGUGGACUUGGGCAGGUGCAGUUUUGGCAGGUGGACUUGGGCAGGUGCAGUUUUGGCAGGUGGACUUGGGCAGGUGCAGUUUUGGCAGGUGGACUUGGGCAGGUGCAGACCCGGGCGUCUCAGUUGAUCCAUUUUGGUUCCAUCAUCAUAAAAACUCGUGGCUUUGGGUUUGGGUUUGAGUUUGAGUUUGGGUUUCAGCUCGAGUUCUGCUGUUUCAUGUGGUUUUAGAUUUUAGAUUCUGUUUGAUUAAAUCUGAAACGUUUGAUUUGUUCAUGUUUAAAAUCUUGUGAAUCAGUCGUGUAUUUGUGAUGUCACCGUGUGGGUGUGAGAGGAAACAAACGUCUACAGCUUCACUCGACUCCUGAACGCCACAAGAUGUCCUCCCUGGAUCUGGCCUUGUUCCAGACUCUGGACACUCUGGACCCUCUGGAGGACUACGGGGAGGAAGUGGACUACUCAGACUACUACAACGGCACGUGGGAGGGUUUGUGUGACACCGUCCAGAACCGGAGCCUGGUCCUGGUCCUGGGUCCGUACGUCCACUCUGUGAUCUGUGUCCUGGGUCUGAUCGGGAACUGCCUCAUGCUCGUCCCACUGUACUGCGCCCCCAAACCCUCCAUCACCCAGGUGCUGCUCCUGCACUUGGCCCUGGCAGAUCUGGUUAUAGUCCUGGUCUUGCCGGGUUUGGUGGUGAUGGAACUGGGGGGGUGGUCAGACGGGGGGGCGGGGUGUAAGAUGUUGAGGGGCGGGUACAGCAUGAGUUUCUACGGCGCCGCCCUGCUGCUGGCGGCGGUGAGCGCGGACCGAUACGCGGCCGUCGUGCACGCGCGCAGACGGCUCAGUGCGAGCUCACAGGCGCCACGCCACCUCGUGUGCGCCCUCGUGUGGUUCUGUGCAGUACUGCUCAGUCUGCCCAACUUCAUCUUCUACGAGAGCUACGUGCCCAAGCACCACGAGGUGAUGGGGUUGGAGGCUCUGAACCAGACCUCGGACCAGUCCACUCCCAUGGUGUGCGCCCUGCGGCUGCCUGACCACAUCGAGGCGUACUCAGUCAAGACGGCGUUGCCGGUGGUGCAGAUCACGGCGGGGUUUCUGCUUCCGCUCAUCGUCAUGAGCUUCUGUUACGGCUCCAUUGUGGCGACGCUGCUGAAGGGGCGGGGCCUGAGCGGCAAGGGGCGGGGCUUCAGGAGAGAGCGCGCCAUCCGCCUGGUCCUGAUGGUGGCGCUGGUGUUCAUCUUAUGCCACGCCCCCUUCAACAUCGUGCUGCUGAUCCACACGCUGCAGAAGUUCAAACCCAGCGACUGUGAGUCCGUGGAUCGCCUGGAGAUGGCGCUGUCGCUCACUCAGACCCUGGCUCUUCUUCACUGCGUGCUGAACCCGCUGCUGUACGGCUUUAACAGCGCCUCCUUCAGGACGCGCUUCUGCGGCGUCCUGCACAAGCUCCAGCGACAGAGACGCCUGUCCUCCACCAGCCAAUCAGAGCGCAGCACGCACACUACACGCUCUGACCAAUCACACGCAGGUCUGACCUUUCACCUUUGACCUUUGACAGUUUAAAGGAGACGUGUUCUGCUCGUGAAGGUCGUCGCUCCAGAGUGAAGGUCGGGGCCGAUUCAGACUUGAGAAGAACACAAGAACUUUGUUCUUGCACCUGGAGCUCUUCUUGGUCCAGCUCCUGUCGUUCACUUCUUCUUCUUGUUCUCGACGCCUCAGCUGAACAUUUUAGACUCCGACCAAAAUCAGUGAAGAAAAGUCUGGAGUAAAUCUCCAGGACAAGUUUGACCAAAGGGAACGAGGCAGAACAAAGUCUGAAAUGUCAAAGCCCAAACCAACUUUGUUCUUGUUCUUCUCACCUCAAGAACCAGAGCAAAGUUCUUCUGAGUCUGAAUGGACCUUCAGCUGGACGUCUCCAGUUUGACACAUGUUUGUUUGGAUCAGAGACGCAGGUUUGAUGCUGUUUGUUCUCGGUUCUUCAUUCUCUUCAAUUUCAACUCUUUUCUCUGAAUCUGCGUCGUUCAUUUGGUCCCUGAGCGUCGACUCCUUCACAUGUUUGUAUUUUCUCUCCGUUUCCUCCAACUCUGACUCAAAACCAUCCUUUUUUUUUUGUUCCGCACCGACGAGGAAACAGAUAAACCACAAACACAUGAAGAACCAAUCAGAGCCAAGACGUGGAACAGAACUGAAGAAAUGAAGAACAAAGUUUUGUUCAGCUGAGGCGUCGAGAACAAGAACAAGAACAACAGGAGCUGGAGCAACAAAAGACGACAUUUAGUUGGUCGAGCUCUGGGAGCAAGAACCAAACUCUUCUGAAGUCUGAACAGGCCUUGAGGGUUUGGCUGUAAACACAAAAAUGUAGGAGCUGAUUUGGUCGGAGCAGCGAGAAUCGACAGACGUCACUGUGGGUUUAGACGCUGGAGCUCGUGUCCACAGAACCAAGAGUCAAAACUCUCUGUGUGCAGAAACAUCUCCUUUAAAACCAGAGAACAUGAAUACACCACCCCUGACCCCUGACCCCAACCCUGACCCUGACCCCAACCCUGACCCCAAC